UUGUAUCAACGUGAAUGUACCUCUCCCCAAUGUCUCCGCAUCCCAUGUUCCGACCCAACUGGGUCGCAGCCAUUCUGCCGACUAGAUGUCGACCAUCCUCAAUCGCUCCAGGAGCUCGAUAAUUUGAAUCAGUCAAAACUGCAAUACCCAAACUUAUCUACCCCGGCCACAAGACCUUUGACCCCAUCUCGAUCAAAUGGUGACUUCUCAUCCUGCACCAGAGCCGAGCAUUCGAUUCCUGCUUUACCAACUUGCUCGUAUAGCCCCACAUCUGCUGUAGCUAACUGGUCCGGAUCACUAGCUGCCAAUAUCAGUCUUCCACGCAUCUCUCUCUUCUACGUGCAGGCUUAUCUCUGUUUAGCAUGUACAGCCUGGCUUGUGCCAUUGCUACCUGGUAGUUUGGGCGAGCUCGUGGCCUGUAGGGCGGACGACAGCACUUUGCGGAUCGGAGAGCCGCAGUCAGGCGCAUGUGGAUUGACGGCGGCACGUUAG